AUGCAGAUUUUGGCCAUAGAAGCGCUGAACGGUGCUAUAUCCAGUGCACAUGCUAUCGUCUCAAAUAAUCCCAGUUGGUGGCCGAUAAUCGAUUCAGAUCUGUUUUACUGCUAUUGGGCGGUUGCUGCCGGCAUCAUGGUAAUUUACGAUUGGGUGCUGACAAUUGGACAAGAGAUUGAACUGAUCUGGAUAUGUUAUACUGGAAUACCAUAUUCUGUUGUCUCCCUUCUGGCAUUUAUGCCAUUGGUCUCGCUGACAGAUGCAGCUAUAUCUUUCAUGUUGGGUGCCAUCAUGAUUGCUCGGUUGUAUGCCAUGUAUCAGGGAUCUAGAAUGAUGCUUAUCUUCCUUGUUGUUGUCUUUCUUGCUGUCAACAUCGCCUGCGGAGUAAUUGUGGCAAUAGGGUUCAAGGAUAUUGUAGCAGAGGAGUUGAUACUCUCCGGCAUGUAUAUGUGCAGUUAUGCAGCUGAAGGGGAUGCCGAGCUUUUGAACUCAAUGAUUUGGGUGCUCAACGCUAUUUGGGAGGUCCUCGCACUGUGUCUUUCAGUCUGGAUUGCUGUGAAACACUUUUAUGACCUGUGA